AUGUCUGGUCAAUCUUGGCCCGAGGUACAGAACGUUCUCCACGCCAUCACUCCAAUCUGCACAUCCCAUGAUGAUGACGGCGUCGACCUGUACUUUCUAAACCACAAAUCAUCAAACAGCGACACCGUCAAGACAGGCAAGGCCGCCAGCGGAUACUACAGCAUCCGCAGCGCCGAGACGGUCACCAACAUAUUCACCACGGUCAGUCCCAGAGGCGGCACACCCACCGGUCAGCGCCUCCACUCCAUCCUCCGGCCUUACCUGCAACUCCUCGAGCGGAAUAAGGACGGCAUUGAUAGCGUCAAGCCGAUCAACAUCAUCGUCAUCACCGACGGCGCACCCUCGGAUGAUGUCGAGUCUACUGUCAUCUCCGCGGCCAAGAAGCUCGACACACUCGACGCCCCUAUGCAUCAGGUCGACAGCAUUCUCAAGGUGGUGCUCGGUUCGGUGGUCAGACGUCUCGACCGCCGUCCUACCAGUGGCGAAAAUCGCUGA